AUGCAGAUCUUUGUGAAAACUCUUACGGGUAAAACCAUUACCCUCGAGGUUGAACCUAGUGAUUCCAUCGAAAAUGUAAAAACUAAAAUUCAGGAUAAGGAAGGUAAACUAUUGUCUUGUUACAACUUAAAAUUGCAGAAAAAAACAUUUGUUCGUUGUUUUCCCCUAGACUGAUAAGGAUAUACAUUUCAUGUAUAAGUUAAGCUAUUUUUUGAGCUAAUUGAGAUGACUUUCUCAAAACGUGGAAAUUUUUGUUCCUGAUCGAAUUGAGUUACUGGGAUUUUAUAUAGCCACAUUAACACAAAUCAAAGCAUUUCUUUGCCGUGGUGCCAUUAAUUGUUAUGAACAAGGUGGUUUUAACAUAAAUCUGUAAAUGUUGAAAUCCCAAAGUUUAGUUCAAAAUGUCAGACUUGGGUUUGUUGAAGACUGAGAUCCUCAAUUAAGACACUGUUAGCACUUCUGUUUCAUUGUCUUAAAUAAUGUAAUAAUGAUGAAACCAUUGGCUUUUCAGGAAUUCCCCCAGAUCAACAGCGUCUUAUAUUUGCUGGCAAGCAGCUGGAAGAUGGCAGAACACUUUCUGAUUACAACAUCCAGAAGGGUAUGUCUGCCUAUUCAGUGACCAGUCAUUUUGCGGUAAAAAUGUCUUAUGUCGUUUUGCUUAAGAAGUGAAACGAGCACUACACAUGUGUCCACCGUUUUUUCUCAGCCCUGAUACAAAAAAGUGUGAUAUGCAUUGAUAUACACUCAGUCUUCAGUCACUGAUCAGGCGAAAAUAUUUAGGGAACUGACCCAUCAGCAAAGUAACUUACAGUAUGUUGUAAGACGUAGGCAAACAGGAUCGAUGUUGGUGAAACAACUGUUACUGGUAACGUCCUAUUCAUAUCUGUUUGCCUAUGUUCGUUUACCAGUCAAUUCUUCCUGAAAAACACCUCUGUAAGGUCAUACCACCCUUUGAGUAGUUUUGGGAAUCAGCUGAGAUUUCAUUAUCAAUCAAUGAUUUUUUUUGGCUGUAUACCACUAUUAUUAAUUACCCUCAUUUUGUGCCCUGUAUUUGAACACAUCAAAAACAUAAAAAAGGAUCAUCAGAUUACAGCUGCAUAACUAUUCCAUGAUAAUUAAUUUAACAUCAUCCACUUUCAAUUAGGGUAUCACAUUUCUUAAGGUUUUCAGUCAGUGUUCAAUUAGAAUGAUUAUAAUAUCAUUGCUGAUGGACACAGCAACAAUGAAGAAUGUCUUUAAGAUGGUGUUAAAGUUGUAGUACUUUUCUGUCAACAGAGUCAACUCUUCACCUUGUGCUAAGGCUGCGUGGUGGAGUUAUUGAGCCCAGUUUGCGUAUUUUGGCUCAAAAGUACAACUGCGACAAGAUGAUCUGCCGAAAGUAGGUGUUUGAUUUUAAUGUUACUUAGAAAGUUGUAAAACCGUGAACACCAGAAGUACAUCUGGAAUGUUGUAUUUCAAAGUGUCUCAAUUAGUAAUAAUAAAACUAGCCUGUAAGGGGCAAGAGUAAUCGGUCAGUAGUUGUUGCUCACUUGUGCAGUUCUUUGGUGGUCAUCUACGUGGGCCGUGCCACAUUCAUGAAAUUUUUCAAGUGUUCACGCAGUUUUCUGAGUUUGACAGUGAACUGGCUCUUUGUUGUUUUUCACAUAAAUGGCAAAAAAUUACUUAACAAUAGAAUAUUAGCCACUUCACUAAAAAUUUUUGUUACACUUUUACCAGGUGUUAUGCCCGUCUUCACCCUCGUGCAGUCAACUGUCGCAAGAAGAAGUGUGGACACUGCAAUAACUUGAGGCCCAAGAAGAAGCUUAAAGGCUAA